AUGAUGUUGAGGGAAACAUUUCCUAUCAGAAUGUUAAUUACUCACUAUUGUUAUUUUCUUCUUUUUUUAAUUAUUGUAAUCUCUUCAACUGAUGGAUUUAGUCGAUGUGAUAUCAAGCAUUCUAGUCAACCAGAAUCAGUGAAUUGUCCAAAUAAGACAUGCAGUCAACAUAUCGAUUGUUGGGUAACAUAUGGUCCACCACAACGAUGUGUUUGUGAUCCAAUCCUAUGCGGAUCUGUAUGCCUACCAGAAACUGCAAAAUGUCCAAAACCUGAUGAUCUAAUCAAUGGACAAGCUGUAUUCAACGAUACUGAUGUUGGUGAUAUUGUUGAAUACACGUGUAAUUCUGGUUACGCUGUACGUGGACAACGUAAACGACAUUGUCUUGCAACAUUGAAAUGGAGUGGAGCACAACCAACGUGUAGUAAUCAAACUGAAACGUGUUUCAAUGCACCAGAAAUCUUGAAUACUCGAAUUGCUUAUAAAAUAGAAAGCGGAAUGCCAAAAAUUCGUGAUGAUUUUCGAUCAGGUGAAACAGUGAGAAUUGAAUGCCUGCCUGGCUAUAAAGACUCUGAUAAUAAACAGUAUACAGAUGCCCUGUGUGUUGGAACAGAUUGGCAUUAUACAGAAUUAAAAUGUGAACGUAUUUCAUGCGGUUAUAUACACGAACCAACAAAUGGGCGAAUCCAUUAUAAGUAUGAUCAAAAGUUUCAGUCUGAAGCAACAAUCACCUGUUCCGAAGGAUAUAAAGUGAUGUGUGAUACAGCCUUCCUGUUGUCUACAGAAGAUGGUGUAGGAUGUAAACGUGUUUGCCUAGAAAAUGGUUCAUGGUCAGCUGAAGAUGUCUACUGUAAAGUUAUCACAUGUCCAGAACCUCAGUCAAUUUUAAACGGGAAACAUGCAGUUAGCUCAUUGACUGUCAAUGGAACGGAUAUUUCUGAAUGUGAUGACGGCUAUGAAUUGCACGGUUCACAUCAUCGUGUUUGUCAGCCUAAUGGGAAGUGGAGUGGACAGGAACCAUAUUGUAAAAAACGAGACUGUGGUCCACCACCUCAAAUACAAAAUGGUGAAGUAUCUUACAUAGCAACAACAUAUGGCAGUAAAGGAAAGAUUAUAUGUGAAGACGAUACGACCCUAUCAACAGAAACUGAUGAGAUUAUCUGCGGAGUGAAUGGUACAGUCACUGUAUGGAAUCCUCAACCAUUUCCACAAUGUUAUCGACAUUGUUAUCUAUUUACAGUUGAACAUGGUGAUGUCUUUCUAAUUCAUCGUAGAUCUAAGGGGGAUAAACAGUUUAUACAGAUAACUACUGCAGAAUUCGGUAACGAAGAGGAUGAUGAUGUUGGUGAUGAUGGUGAGCAUAGACGAUUGACAUGGGUCAGAAUUGAAUGUCACCUGUCAAGUUGGCUAUGCUUAAUUAAACCGAAUCAACCACUCACUGUAUGUCAAAAUGGUGUCUGGAGUGUACGCAGUAAAUGUGCACCAGCUCCAUGUAGAAGGCAACCGCCUGUAUAUCCAGGUGCACGAGCAAGAUUUUACAGUCUACAGCAUAAUUCUAUUGCACGAUAUGAAGCAUUUCCUGGCUAUGUGAUGCGAAAUGACUACAAUGACAUCCAGCCGAUUGGACACACAAAGAUGAAUGAUGCACAAAGUGGUAUUUUACGUUGUUUAUAUGGUGAAUGGGUUGGCGCGCCGUUGAAAUUUGAACCAAUGCAUUGUCCGCAUAUUGACAUAGAAGAACCAUUAAAAGCAAAUAUGUCAGUGGAUGGAAAACUAAUGGAUUUCAGCAGUCCUACAACUGUUUUACAACAAGGCACAGUUAUGAUAUUCUCUUGUCCUAAAGAAUACUACUUAGAUGGGCCAAAAUAUAUUGCCUGUCAUAUUGGUCAUUGGACACCACAACCAACAACAUCAUGCAAACGAUCACCAACUCUGUCUAUCGUACAAAGAUGGUUGUUCAGUUCAGUUUAUAGUUUAAUGACAUAUUUUACAGAUGAAUGCUUCAAUUAUAUUUAUGAAUAA